AUGAUGCGACUUCUUAAGCGAAUGGUACCGAAAACCUGCGAUCAAGCUCAUACGCAGCAUCGUCAGUCUGAGGAGUAUCGGUCUGGCCUCGAGCAGAUGGCUUCCCUCAUGACAGACGUCGAUUUGACUGACCAGAUGAUGCUGGACUUACGUAAUCGGUUUAACCUGAGCGGAUGA